AUGAGAGGCGCCGCGCCGAGCGGCUUUGCCUUCUCCAUAGACCGCGGGGGCACAUUCACUGAUGUGUAUGCUGAGUGGGCAGAUGCCAGCGGCACCGCGCACACACGGGUGCUCAAGCUUCUAUCAGUCGACCCGGCCAACUACCCUGAUGCGCCGCGGGAGGGCAUCCGGCGGGUGUUGGAGGCGGAGACAGGGGUGCCACAUCCGCGGGGGGCGCCGCUGGACACCUCUCGCAUCGCCUCCAUCCGUAUGGGCACCACGGUGGCGACCAAUGCGCUGCUGGAACGCAAGGGCGAGCGCACGGCGCUUGUGGUGACCCAGGGCUUCCGCGAUCUGCUGCACAUUGGCAACCAGUCGCGCCCCGACAUCUUUGACCUGGAGAUCAAGGCGCCGGAUGUUCUGUAUGAGAUGGUGGUGGAGUGCGAGGAGCAGGUGGUGCUUCCGCUGGGGGACACGCCUGGCACGCGCGCCGGACGCGACCCAGUGGGGGACAGCCAGCGCCACCCGCAGCACGGCACCACGGCCACAGCGGUCACGGGGGAGGCGGUGUGCAUCCGGAGGGCGCCAAACCUGCAGGCGCUGCGGCGGGAGCUGCAGCGUGUGCUGGAUGCAGGCAUUGUGUCGGUGGCUGUGGUGCUCAAGCACGCCGCCAUCUUUCCGCAACACGAGCAGCAAGUGGGGCAGCUGGCUCGGGAGAUGGGGUUUCAGCAGGUGUCGCUGUCUUCUGUGGUGAUGCCAAUGGUCAAGAUGGUUCCCCGUGGCUUCACGGCGGCUGCCGACGCCUACCUCACCCCCCACAUUAUGCGGUACAUAGAGACCUUCCAGGCGGGUUUUGACAGUGGCCUCAGCCACGUGCCCGUCUACUUCAUGCAGUCUGACGGCGGCCUGACCAGCGUGGCCGAUUUCUCAGGGCACAAGGCCAUCUUGUCAGGGCCCGCAGGCGGGUAUGUGGGGUAUGCGGUGACCACCCGCUGGGGCGGCACGGCCGGCAGCCAGCUGCAGAUGAUUGGCUUCGACAUGGGCGGCACCAGCACCGAUGUCUCGCGAUACGCUGGGCGGUACGAGCACGUAUUUGAGAGCACCACCGCGGGCGUGACCAUCCAGGCGCCGCAGUUGGACAUCAACACUGUGGCGGCUGGCGGCGGCUCCCGCCUCUUCUUCCGCUCCGGAGUGGGUCCGGAGUCGUCCGGGGCCCACCCAGGGCCUGUCUGCUACCGUAAGAACGGCUACCUGGCAAUCACAGAUGCCAACCUGGUGCUGGGCCGCAUCCUGCCGGACUUCUUUCCCCACAUCUUUGGGCCGCGGGAGGAUGAGCCGCUGGAUGCAGAGGGUGCCAGGGCCGCCAUGGAGGCGGUGACAGCCGAGGUCAACUCUCAUGCGGCGGCAGCAGGGCAGCCGCCCAAGAGCGUCGAUGAGGUGGCCAUGGGGUUUGUGCGGGGUCAUGACGUCACGCAGCACGUGCUGGCCUGCUUUGGCGGUGCCGGAGGGCAGCACGCCUGCGCCAUUGCCGCCGCAUUGGGCAUCGAGACCAUCUUUAUGCACCGCUUCAGCGGCAUCCUGUCGGCGGUGGGCAUCGGGCUCGCCGAGGUGGAGCCGUCGGCUGCAACCUUGAGCAGCACUGUGCUGCCGGAGCUCAACAGGAGGUUGGAUGCGCUACAGGCACAGACCACCGGUCGGCUGCAACAACAGGGCUUCACCGAGCACCAGGUCCACUGCCAGCGCUUUCUUAACUUGCGGUAUGACGGCACCGACGUGCCCAUCAUGACACCCAGCCCGGAAGACGGCGACUUUGCAGUAGCGUUUGAGCAAGCAUACCAGCGUGAGUUUGGGUUCAAGCUGGAGCGGCGAGCAAUCCUGGUGGAUGACUUGCGGGUGCGGGCCAGUGGGCGGCACACUGAGCUGCCAGAGGCGGAGCAGGAGCCAGCCGAUGCAGGCCCCGUCAUGCUCAUAGACGACAUCAGCACGAUUGUGGUGGAGCCCGGCUGGACCGCCCACAUCACCGCCAGCCGCGAUGUGCGCAUAGAGCUGGGCCAGCGGCAGCAGCAGCAUGUGUCAUCAGACACCGAGUGUGACCCAAUCCAGCUGGCAAUCUUCUCCCACCGGUUCAUGGGCAUUGCGGAGCAGAUGGGGCGUGUUCUGCAGCGCACCUCCAUAUCCGUCAACAUCAAGGAGCGCCUUGACUUCUCCUGCGCACUUUUUGAUGCCCAUGGCAACCUGGUGUCCAAUGCGCCUCAUCUGCCGGUGCACCUGGGUGCCAUGUCUGAGGCUGUCAAAUACCAGAUCCGGCACUAUGCCAGCGGCGGACCUGGCGCGGCUGACGGCUUGCAGGAGGGCGACGUGCUGGUGUCCAACCACCCGCAGCUGGCAGGCGGCAGCCACCUGCCAGAUAUCACAGUGAUCACGCCCGUGUUUGAUGGGGGCAGCAUUGUCUUCUUUGUCGCCUCUCGCGGCCACCACGCAGACAUAGGUGGCAUCUCGCCCGGUAGCAUGCCGCCCCACUCUCACCUCCUGGCAGAGGAGGGCGCUGCCAUCAUUUCCUUUAAGCUGGUGCAUGGCGGCGUGUUUGAUGAGGAGGGCAUCACCGCGCUGCUGCUGGCGCCGGGGCUGCCGGGCGGACUGGCGGGUGUCAGCGGCACACGCAACCUGCAGGACAACCUGUCAGACCUCAAGGCGCAGGUGGCUGCAAACACAAAGGGGAUUGCGCUGGUGGCCGACCUGAUUGGCGAGUACGGGCUGGCUGUGGUGCAGGCGUACAUGGCGCACAUCCAGGCCAAUGCCGAGCAUGCCGUGCGCGAGAUGCUGGUGGCGUUCUCACACGAGCAGGGCCUGGCAGAGGUGGGCACCGUGUCCACCCGCGAUCAAAUGGACGACGGCACGCCCAUCUGCCUGUCGGUUACCAUUGACCGGCGCGACGGCAGCGCUGUGUUUGACUUUGACGGCACGGGCCCGCAGGUGUUUGGCAACACCAACGCGCCGCCGGCGGUGACCCACUCUGCCAUCAUCUACAGCCUGCGCUGCAUGGUGACACGAGACAUUCCGCUCAACCACGGCUGCAUGGCCCCCAUCACAGGCUGCAUGAACAACUUUACAUUUGGCGACGAGGGGAUGGGCUACUAUGAGACAAUCGCCGGUGGCGCCGGGGCGGGCCCCGGCUGGCACGGCCGCAGCGGCGUGCACACCCACAUGACCAACACACGCAUCACCGACCCAGAGAUUCUUGAGCGCCGGUACCCCGUGGUGCUGCACCAGUUCAGGCUGCGCCCAGGCACCGGGGGCGUGGGGCGGUAUCAUGGCGGCGACGGCGUGGUUCGUGAGCUGGAGUUCCUGCGGCCCCUCACCGCCAGCAUCCUGUCGGAGCGGCGCGCGGUGCGGCCCUUUGGCCUGCUGGGUGGCGGCGCUGCGGCAGCGGGCGUCAAUUUGUGGGUCAAGCGCAACGGCCGGGUGGUCAGCUUGGGCGCCAAAGAAACCGUGCAGGUGGAUGGUGGUGACAGGAUCAAGAUUCUGACACCCGGAGGGGGUGGUUACGGGCCGCCAGAGGGUGUGGUAGAGGUGCAGGCAGCACAGGCGGCAGCACUAGCAGCGGCAGUGGACAGCAAGCUGGCUGGCAGGCGAGAUGGCGCCGAAUUCUCAGUGCCGGUGCGGGAUGGCGGCUCAGUGCAGCAGUAUGUUCGGAACCAGGAGACCGUGUGA